AUGAUUAUUAUGGAUAUGUACGAGACGGCAAGUUGGUGGACGUUAGCUAUCGCUGUUCAGAUUGUUAUCGGAUCUAUAUUCUUAUGGCGUAAAAAAUUUAAAAAACCUGAAGUAAUUUUGACUCAAGAGAAAUUGUUACAAUGGAAACCUUUGCCUUUAGUAGAUUAUGACAUUUCUGUGGAUGAACCUCCUGUGAUGGGUAAAAUUGAUGAAAAUGUGCUUAAUGUUGGCGCUACCAGCUUUCUGUGCCUGGAUAAGGAGCAGUCUAUCAUGGAUAAUGCUAUUAACUCAUUGCAUAAAUAUGGAGUUGGAUCCUGUGGCCCAAGAGGUUUUUAUGGUACAAUAGAUGUGCAUUUAGAGCUUGAAGAAAGAUUGGCAAAGUUUUUGCAAGUAGAAGAGACUUGUGUGUACUCAUAUGGAUUUUCUACAAUUGCAAGUGCUAUUCCAGCUUAUGCUAAGAAGGGCGAUAUAAUUUUUGCGGAUGAAAAAGUGUGGUUUGCUAUUCAGCAAGGUUUUGAAGCUGCCCGUAGUACUGUCAAAUAUUUUAAGCACAACAAUAUGGAUGACCUAGAAAGACUAUUACAAGAGGCAGCUGACAAGAAACAAUUAAAUCCAAAAAGGCGAGCAUUCCUUGUCGCUGAAGGGAUUUACUUUAACACAGGAGAGAUGUGCCCACUACGACGGCUGGUUGAACUUGCUAGAAGAUUUAAGUUAAGGAUCAUAUUGGAUGAAAGCUUGACAAUUGGGGUUCUAGGUAAACACGGUCGUGGGUUGACGGAAUAUUUGAAUGUGCCUCGAGAUGAGAUCGACCUAAUUAUUGGCUCUCUCGAACAUUCAUUUGCAACCGUUGGCGGAUUCUGCGCAGGAACCCAUUUCAUUGUUGAACAUCAGAGGUUAUCUGGUUUAGGAUACUGCUUCAGUGCGUCACUCCCACCAAUGCUGACGCAAGCGGCAAUAUCUGCCCUCGACAUAAUGGAAAAACAACCCAGCAUUAUGUCGGAACUCGAUGAUAACUCAAGGAAACUGAAUAGAGCUUUGGAAAACCUUAAACACUACACAUUCCGUGGUUCGGACGUAUCGCCAAUAAAGCAUAUUUAUCUCAAAGACAAUUUACCAGAUACGUUAAAAACGGGAUAUCUCCGAAACAUAACGAAUUACUGCCUCAACAGAGGAAUAGCGUUUGCGGUGUCAGCGUAUCUGCGUGACGCGGAAGUCAGUUGUCCAGAUCCAUCUAUUCGAUUGGCCUCGAGUAGGAAGUUAAAUGAGAAAAAUAUUGCUUCAAUUUGCUCCUUACUCGAUGAGGCAUACGAAAAAGUUGGGCCCAAAUCCGGAGAAAAACCAAUGAAUUAG